AUGAACAAGUCUAGAGUAGGGUCAGAGUAUAUUCCGCUGGUGGAAGGCGACAUGUUGAAAGCCAGAUUCGUUUUGGAUUUUGCUAAACUAGCAUGGUUCACCGUAUCUCUGCCCUUUUUCGCAUUUAUAUUUUGUAUUAUAUGGUCCAUCGUAUACGAUUUUGAACAUUCUACUUCUACUCAUUGUCAGGUUUAUAACUUUUUACCAUCUGUCUCUGCUGCUAUUGGGCAUUACAGGCCACAAAGAGAUGUUUGGAAAAUUGCAAUAGCUAUUCAAGCAGUGAUACGAAUUUUAGUGUUAAUAAUGUAUCGUCGUUAUUACAAAGAACAUAUUUAUAAAUGGGCACAAAAUAUUUGUAAAAUCGCAAUGGGUAUAUACAUUAUUGAGAACAUAUCUCUUGUGACGUUAAGCUUUUGGACGUCUGAUGAAAAUUACAGCUUCCAUAAAUUCUCGUUCAUAACAUUUUUAAUAACAUCUUUUAUUCACAUGCAGAUGGGAUAUUUUAUCAUGAGAAAUUGUCGUAACAUUACUAAGGAAUUUUCUGAAACUACUUCCUUAAAAUGGAAGCAAAGAUCCAUGAUUAUAUUCGAUGUUUGCUUUGAGUGAAUAUGGAGUUGUUCUUUCAAAUAUGGGAUUUCACUCAACUGCAGCUUGGGAUUUUGCAAAUUCGCGUCUUAUGAUAUCAGGGACAGGGUUUAGAAUAAUUUAA